CAGAUUAAGGAAGUAAACGUCGACUCGAACAAGAUGAUCUAUUUCCUUAAACUCCUGGAGAUGUUGGCAAGCAAGAUGAAGGAUGUAGAUAGCGAGAGCAAGACUAGGAAAGCGUUCGAGGUAUUCACCCCGAGAAGAACUACCUCGCCGCUUUGCUGCCCGCUCCGGUGGGUUUAUAUCAAACCACAAUUUGGGUUGAGAUGUUUGAGACAGGAAGUCGAAGGAAUGAUCGAGGAAACCGAUGUAGAUGGCGAUGGCCGGCUUAUCUACGAC